UAUUAUUUUUUGAUUAACCGAUAUCGUAGCAUUAAGCUAUUGAAAACUGUUAAAAUACGAAUUCACAUAAUAAUAGUUUAUAUUUAUUAUUGUCGUCGUACUGUUUUUUGUAAAAGAUAUAAAAUAUGGAAGAUUCAGAAGCACAAUUGACAAUAGAGAAUAGUGAUCAAGAAGAAGAAGAAGAAUUAACAGCUCAGAGUGUUUUAUUAGCUAUAGAAGAAGCCUGGUUAAAUGAAAAAUUUGCUCCUGAAAUUUUACCACAUCGGUCUGAUUUAGUUGAUUGUAUGCUACAACAAAUUACACAUAUGGAAGAAAAUAUGAAGAGGUUAGAUAAAGGAGAUUUAAGAUUAAUGAUUCAUAGAAUGGAAUUAGAUAGGAUUAGAUUUUUGAUAUCUAGUUAUCUUAGAGCUCGAUUAGAGAAAAUUGAAAAAUAUACUAUUCAUAUACUUUCUGAAGAAGCAAAUAGAUCUUCUGAAGAAUGUUAUUUAACGGUUGCAGAACUUCAAUUUGCAAAAGAAUUUCUUGCAAAUAUGGAAACACUUUUUAGAACAAUUGCUCUGCAACAUAUGCCUGGAAAUUUUCAGACAUUUGAAGUUAAUAAAUUAACUAUAAAACCUAACAUGAAAGCAUAUGUAUUUUUAAGGGCUAAUAAUAGGAUUAAUGGAAUUAUACUUCCUGGUUCAAUGGAUGAAGAGAUAGAUUUUGAAUCAGGUUCUCAACAUAUUAUACAAUAUAAUGCUGUAUCAGAUUUAGUUAAAAAUGGUUCUGUUCAAUUAAUUUAAUAAUGAAAUUUUAUUAUUAAAAUGUAAAAAAAAAUUAUGUA